CAUCACAACAAGUAAAGCGAUCUCCAUUUUAGUACAUGAACUUAAGGACGUACUUCUGAUCUCGCGGGUUUAUUGUUUUAUUCCUUUCGGGAAAGAGGCGCAAUUUGAUCCUCGUGAACAUGGCGGAGUAUUUAGCGUCGAUAUUUGGUACGGAAAAGGAUAAAGUAAAUUGUUCGUUCUACUUCAAAAUCGGUGCAUGCCGCCAUGGAGAGCAAUGUUCAAGACUCCAUAACAAACCGUCUUUCGGUCAGACUAUUUUGCUACAAAACCUGUAUAUAGCUCCUCAAAAUACAGCGCAGAGUGCUGAUGGGUCUCACAUCAACCUUACGGAAGUCCAAGCCCAGCAAAUCUUCGACGAAUUUUUCGAGGAGGUCUUUGUUGAAUGUGAGGAGAAGUAUGGGGAAAUAGAGGAAAUGAAUGUGUGUGAUAAUCUUGGUGAUCAUCUAGUUGGAAACGUUUAUAUAAAAUUCAGGCGUGAAGAAGAUGCUGAAAAAGCUGUUCAGGAUUUAAAUGAACGCUGGUUUGGUGGAAGACCAGUUCAUGCUGAGCUUUCUCCUGUCACAGAUUUUCGUGAAGCAUGUUGUCGUCAGUAUGAACUGGGGGAAUGUACAAGGGGUGGCUUCUGCAACUUCAUGCAUUUGAAACCCAUUUCCAGAGAACUUUGUCGUAAAUUGUACAAUCGGAGCAAAAAACGUUAUGGGAGAAGACGUCGAUCACGUUCUCAUUCACCGUCCAAGAGUCGACGUCGCCGUUCAAGAUCAGCUGGUCGUGUGUCAAGGCGUUAGGUUUUCUUCCGCGUGACCUGGUGUAUAAUUUAUUUCUGUUUUUUUUGUAUAUGGUUUCACUUCUGUAAACUGUUACGGUCCACAUCAAAUGGUAGAAUGUCCAUUCCAGCUUUAUGAGGCGUUUUACGCUGUAUUAAAUAUACAUCUGAUAACUAUGCUU